AUGUCGGUAGAAGGUCGUUGCGACGAGCGGUUCCUCAAGGUGAAAGAGCUAUUCCAAGGAUUCCUGGAUUCUGGCGCGGAGCUUGGAGCCUCAAUCUGUGUCAAUAUCGAUGGUAAGAAUGUGAUCGAUCUUUGGGGAGGAUGGGCCGACCAAGAACGAACCAAGCCGUGGACGGAGAACACCAUUGUCAACGUCUGGUCAACAACGAAGACCGUCCUCUCACUCGUUACUCUCAUUCUCGCCGACCGAGGAUUGCUGGGGCUCGACGACCCUGUGGCAAAGUACUGGCCUGAGUUUGCAGCCGAGGGGAAGUCAGACGUCAAAGUUCGCCAUCUCCUCUCCCAUACAUCUGGACUCUCAGGUUGGGAUGAUCCCAUCAACAUUGAAGGAGUCGAAGAUGUACCCAGCGCCAGCGCGAAGCUUGCCGCUCAGCGACCCUGGUGGGAACCCGGCACCGCUUCUGGCUACCACGCUCUGACUAUGGGUCACCUGUUACAACCGGUCAUCCAAUCCGCCUCAGGUAAAACACUCGGCCAGGUGGUGAAGCAGGAAAUCGCCGGACCACUCAAGGCAGACUUUUCCGUCGGCUGUCCGGAGAGCGAGUGGCAUCGAGUUGCCAAGGUCGUUCCACCACCACAUAUGGACCUUUCUCAGAUUGACCCAAAAUCCGUCAUGGCAAAGACAUUGAGCAAUCCUCUACUGGACGCCAAAGCUUCCUGGACUGACGAAUGGAAGCGGGUCGAGAUGGGUGCUCUGAACGGUCACGGCAACGCAAGGUCAGUUUGUAAGAUGCUCUCUGCCAUCACGCUUGGUGGCGAGGUUGAUGGGCAACGUCUCCUAUCUCCGGCCACCAUCGAUCGCAUCUGGGAAACGCAGUCGAAUGGUACAGACUUGGUUCUUGGUAUAGAGGUACGCUUUGGCAUUGGGUAUUGCCUGGAGGCACCAAUUCUCAAGUGGCUUCCCAAGGGCAAGGUCUGUUUCUGGGGAGGCUGGGGCGGCUCAAUUGUCGUCAUGGAUCUUGACAAGAAAAUCACCUUUGCUUAUGCCAUGAACCACAUGGAACAAGGCACCAUUGGCAAUUCUCGAUCCUCGGCGUAUAUCGCUGCAUUUUAUGAAGCACUUUCAUAG